CUCUCGUGUGAUGUCAGCGGCGCGCGAGGUUGUGAUGCUCGCUCGCGCUGGACUCAGUGUCAGAGAGAAGGAGAAUCACGACGAAGAUGGUCUCAAUACGCGGAGUUCCCUUCGCGGAUAGCCUCUGUUGGUACUGAUUCGGAGUGUUCUCCCGGAUAACUCUGCUUCGAGGAGUUGCUUCAUGUUCGGAAUGAUGCUAUGAAGACCACCAGAGAUGACUGAUGUGGAACCUGUUGUCUCUGACUUUGCAGCCACGGGCAGGACUGGCCGGCGGAAUGCAUUGCCAGAUAUUCUAGGUUCCACGGCUGGUCCUGGAGCUGCCGACCUUCCUGAUAAACUAGCCGAGCUUUCAGUAGGAGAUGAUGGCGAACAGGGCGGAGAGAGCUCAUCCUCGUCCGACCCACCUAAAGAAACCACAGAGGGGGCAAAGACAGAGGGCUCAUAACUCGGCAGUGAUCUGACCUCAUGUCCUGCCUCUACUCUUGUCCCAUUGACCAAACAACUGUUACACUCUGUGCUAUGCAACAUCGAGACCACCUAUGAUUGGCAUUCGAACGUGGGCCAGUGGGAAACAGCUCAUAUCACAGGAAUUCAUCUGAAAUUGUGUUUUUCAAAUAUCAGCGACUGUUCAUUUCAUACCUUUGACUUUGUCAAAUUUGACUUUUUUCCCAAAGACUCGCUGUCAUGAUUUUCCUAAUGACCGGCUGUUUUGUGUGUCUUAUGAAAACAAAUGUGACCUGCUUUCCCAUUUUAAAAAGGAACAUUUUGUUUCAGACUUUCCAUAAUAGAAUUUUUCUCUGAAUGUUGACAUGUAGUGGCAAAAAUGUCUCUUUUUGCACAAAAAAAAAAAAAGUAAAUACAUUCCAUUUGGUGAUGUAAGUAAAGUUUUUUAUCUUACGAUAUUUGUCUGUCCUUGUACAACACCACAUCUUCUGUGUUUUGUAUUGUAAAAAUAUGCAUUGUUAACAUUCUAGCCAGAGGAUAAGAAACAGUGCUGAAUAACAUGAAAUAUGAUAUUUUCUUCUUGUAAAUACAGAAUUGUACAUUAUAUUUGCUAGUUUUGUUUAAAAGCCUUUUGUUUUGUGUGUAACUGCUGUCAGUGUUGCCCUGCGUGAGCUGAAAUUGGAGUGUUAGCUGUCUGAUGUAUUGCUGCAAACAUCUGUGGUCAUGUCAUUCGGACGUCAUCUUAAGUGCUUGUCUCAGAUAUUUCUUUGCUGUUGUCGAUGGCAGUGAAAAAUACGAUUGUGGAGACUUGUUUUUCUUCCUCUCUUUCAUCUUUUCAUCAUGCUUCCAUCAGAAAAUAGCAUUUGAUUUCAUUUUUUACCUGGCCAUAAAUCUUGUGUCAUUUUGUCUGUUGUAAGCUACAUAUAAAAUUCCAUUAUGCUAUGUUUAAAAAUUACAAUAAAUCCUGUGCUUAGUUUUUGUAGUUUACAUUUUUUGGACUGUGUGUGGACCAGUGGUGGUGAUUUAUGUAACCAGCAGAGGACACCAAAGAUAUCUUUUUAUACUAUGAGGGCACAAAAAAGUCACCAUAUUGCAGUAGAUUUUAUUUUGGAAAAACAAACAAACAAAAACAUAAUAUCAUUACAAAAUAGUGCUGUCAAAUGAUUAA